AUGCACUCUUCCUCUGUUCUCCUCGGGACUGGUGAUGAGGUGCCUGUGGUGAUGGCCCUGGAAGAGGGUGAAGUGGAUCCGGGCUCUGGACCUGAGGAUGACGGGUGCCUGCGGCCUGCGGUGGAGCCGGCUUCGUCUUCUGCUGGAUCGUCAGGCGCUACAUUCCGGAGGAUCUGCGGCCACUGGGCUGACCACCCGGGGACGGCCAGACCGGUGCCUCAGUACUACAAGUAUCUUCUGACUUUCCGUUUCGCCAUUGAGGAAAUUAACCAAGAUCAGACAAUUUUGCCUAAUAUCUCUCUGGGAUAUCACGUAUUUGACUCAUGUUCCAACAGUAAGAAAGCUGUGAAAAGUGUCCUACAGAUUCUAUCAGGACCAGGAGUCACCGCCCCCAAUUAUUCCUGUAGAGAAAAGAGGAACGUGGCUGGUUUUAUUGGAGAUCAGGGUUCAUCAACUACAGUGCCCAUGGCUCAGCUACUGGCAUUAUACCAAUACUCACAAAUCAGCUAUGGUGCAACAAGUACUGUUCUAAGUGAUCGAAACUACUAUCCAACUUUUUAUCGAACUAGUCAAAGUGCCCAGAUCUGUUAUUUGGUGUUAUCUAAGAUGAUCAAGUUCUUUGGAUGGACAUGGAUUGGGAUUGUAUCUUCAGAUGAUGACAGUGGUAAUGAGGAGAUUCAGAUUCUGACACGAUAUCUGACCAUCCAUGAAAUCUGUGUGGCCUACACCAUCAAAGUGAAAUCUGAGAGCUUAAGUAUUAUAGAUGAUGUUGAAAGAAAAACCAUGGAGAUUAUCAGAAAGUCCUCAGCCGAAGUUAUAAUGCUCUGUGGGACGUAUUCUCAAUCUUUUGCAGAUUGGUUAAAUGCAAUGCGAGGUGUUUUCCAUGAUAAGACUUUUGUGUUUGGUCCUACAUUUAAUUCAGUCAUGAGUCUUGUGGAGCAUCACAGAGAAGCAUUUAAUGGCAGUCUGACUCUUGAAUCUUCUAGAAUGCGUAUACCAGAUAUGAGAAGCUACUAUGAAAGUUUCCAGACCAUAAAUCAUCCAGAAGACAUGUUACUGGCUCACAUCUGGUUGGUAAACCUGCACUGCUUAUCAAGAGAUCCUCAAAAAAAUGAAAUCUAUCAGAAGACAUACAAGAUAUCUCUACAUAACUGUACCGGGACAGAACGGGUCACAGAGUUUUAUAACUUUCAUGGCGAAGGACUUACUGAGCAAGUGUACAAAGCUGUUCAUUUAAUGGCUCGGGCUCUACAUGAUCUAUACAUGUCCAAGACUAGACAAUCUGCUGAGAAGAUGAGCUUUCUCCAUAGACACAGGCACCAGCUUCACCGAUUCCUGGAAAACCAGAAGGAUAUUGCUGGAAAUCACCUCUUCUAUAAAAAUGGAGAUUUCAUCACUCAAUAUUACAUAGUGAAUUGGGUCAUUUUACAGAAUGAAUCUCUUGCCUUAAAUUAUAUUGGAUCCACAAAAACAGUACAAAAUCUUCCUAUAUUUAAUAUUAAAGUUGAGGGGAUCAUAUGGAAGAACAGCAUCAACAAGAUCCCUAGAUCUCAGUGUUCAGAGAACUGUUUACCAGGAACCCGGAAAGUCUCAAAGUCCAGAAUCUAUUCCUGCUGCUAUGAUUGUGUCCAGUGCUCCUCAGGAGAAAUCUCUAACUCCACCGACAGUGAAAAAUGCAUGAAAUGUUCUGACCUUGAUUGGCCCAAUGAGAAGAAGGAUCGUUGUGUUCCAAAGCUGCUGGAAUUCCUCUCCUACACAGAUGAUACAAUCGUCCUGGUUAUUUCUCUGGUUUCUACUAUACUUUCUUUCCUUACAUUCAUGAUUCUUAUUACUUUUAUUUUGCACCAAGACACGGCCAUUGUGAAGGCCAAUAACAGAAACCUGAGCUUCCUUCUCCUGGUCUCCAUCAUGCUGAGCUUCCUCUGUGUCUACUUGUUCCUCGGACAUCCAGUGGAUCUCACUUGCAUGCUACGUCAGGUCUCAUUUGGAAUCCUCUUCUCAGUAGCUGUUUCUUGUGUCUUGGCCAAAACCAUCAUGGUUUGCAUUGCUUUCAUAGCCACCAAGCCCGGCAGCUCCUGGAAACGCUGGAUUGGAAGCAAGUGGUCUAAUUCUCUGGUGGUGUUCUGCUCGUCCAUCCAAGUAAUAAUCUGUAUGGUUUGGUUGACUCUAGCACCUCCCUUCUCAGAGCUGGACACUAAGUCCAGUCAGGGAAAGAACAUUGUGCAGUGUAAUGAAGGCUCCGUUAUUGGGUUCUACUCAGUCCUGGGUUUUAUGGGGGUCUUGGCAGUUAUUAGUUUUAUUAUGGCUUUUUUAGCUCGGACAUUACCGGACAGUUUUAAUGAGGCCAAGUACAUCACCUUCAGCAUGCUGGUGUUCUGCAGUGUCUGGAUUGCCAUGAUCCCAGCUUAUCUCAGCACCAGAGGUAAAUACGUGGUGGCUGUGGAGAUAUUCGCCAUACUGACCUCAAGUGCUGGAGUCUUAGGGUGUAUAUUCUUCCCAAAAUGCUACAUUAUCCUGUGGAGACCUGAACUCAAUGCAAGAUCACAAUUACUGGAGGGAAGACGCAGAUGA